AUGGCCGAGCACGGCCAUGACUCGGAUGUCGAUGCUCAACACCACUGCACUCAUAGCCAUAAUCAUGUCUCUCCCAAUCCCCAUGGCUCGCCCCAAAUUCACGAAGGUCAACACGGGUUCAAGGAAUUUAACAAGAAUUAUUUCGAUGAGCAUGGCCAUCGGUACAAUGAUCAUCCCGAUGCGCAUGAGCUAGCUCGACGACUCGGAGUAGCUAUGAUCAACGCGUAUACAUUCAAUGAAGACUCGACAUUGGUUCUAGACUAUGCUUGUGGCACAGGUUUGAUCUCCCGAAAUCUCGCUGCGCAUGCUAAAUGCAUCGUGGGCGCGGACAUCAGCCAGGUCAUGGUUGACCAGUACAAUCAGAGUGUUUUUAAUCAGGGCAUACCACCCGAGGAGAUGAGGGCUGUGUGCUGUGACCUUACCGUCGCUGGCCCAAAUCAGCUGGAUGGAAUGAAGUUUGAUGUGGUUGUGUGUGCAUCGGCGUAUCACCAUAUCCCUUCUAUCGAAGAUGUCACAAAGGCUCUUGCAUCAUACCUGAAACCAGGAGGUUCGCUCUUGGUCACAGAUAUAAUGAAACCAUCUUCUGCAGAAUCUGCACAGGCGUUGUUACCCACCGAAGAAGCACACAUUAAUAUCAUCGCGCACACGGGUGGAUUUGAGGAGGCAGUCAUCAAAGCUGUAUUUGAGGGUGCUGGACUGAUUAACUUUUCAUUUGUGACAGCCUGCAAGGCCAAGAGAAAUGGGCACCCUGUCCAAUUCUUCUUAGCUUCUGGGACUAAGGAGGUCACUGAAGAGGCAUAA